AUGUGGACCGUGGCUCUUGUUCUUUGUCUGGGAAAUAUUCUCAUCAGCGCUGAGGCCAGCUAUCAGCAUUCAGAGCCAUUCGCCGUAAUUGAGCGCUCUGAAACGGCCUCCCCUGGUCUUUUAAUGCCAGAAAAACAGAAAUCAAAUAGCUCAAUUCAUCCACCCCGAGUAGCAGGACCAAAACCACCACACCCUCCCAUGUGCUCGGAGUCGGCUGGAAUCAGAGAUGCCUUCAAAUAUGUCAAUACUCUGGUCUCCCUCGUUGUGUUUGUUGUUGGGAUAGUGGGGAAUGCAACCCUGCUGAAAAUCAUAUAUGUAAACAAAAGCAUGAGGAGCGGACCAAACAUUCUCAUUGCGAGUCUGGCUAUGGGGGAUCUAAUCCACGUUGUGAUAGACAUCCCAAUCAAUGCAUACAGGCUCAUGGCAGAAGAUUGGCCAUUCGGCGUGGUGCUGUGCAAACUUGUUCCAUUCCUACAGAAAACCUCCGUCGGAAUUACUGUGCUGAGCUUAUGUGCGCUGAGUGUUGACAGAUACCGAGCUGUAGUAUCCUGGAAUCGAAUCAAAGGCAUCGGCGUUUCAGCGUGGACAGCAAUCGAAAUAACUCUGAUAUGGGUUAUUUCUAUCCUGCUGGCUGUGCCUGAAGUUGUCGGCUUUGAUAUGAUAACAAUGGACUAUAAAGACAAGCAUCUGAGAAUAUGUCUGCUUCAUCCCAGGCAGAGCACUCCGUUCAUGCAGUUUUAUAAAUCAGCGAAGGACUGGUGGCUGUUUGGCUUCUACUUCUGCAUGCCACUGGCCUGGACCGCCGUCUUCUACACGCUCAUGGCCAGGAAGAUGCUGAGGAACACUGAGAACACGUUAAGCGACCACACCAAGCAGAGAAAGGAAGUUGCAAAGACUGUCUUCUGCCUGGUGAUCGUGUUUGCACUCUGCUGGCUGCCUCUAUACCUGAGCAGGCUCUUGAAAUUGACCAUAUAUGAUGAGAGGGAUCCUAAUAGGUGUCAGCUACUGAGCGCCUUUCUUGUCCUGGACUAUGUUGGCAUUAAUAUGGCAUCAGUCAACUCGUGCAUCAACCCCAUCGCAUUGUACGUAGUCAGCAAAAGAUUUAAAAGAUGUUUCAAGGCAUGCCUGUGCAGUCGGUGUCUACCUCGUCAAGCUGUUACUCGUGAGGAGGCAGGGUCUGUUUUGAAGUCCAGAAUGCAGGAUCAGGCCUCGGAGCAGAGCUGCAACAUCAAAGCUCACAAGCAGACUUCCACACCUUCCACCUGAGCAGGAGAACACUUUACCGUGCUCACCAAACGCCUGUGUAAAUCCUUUGUGAGAGUUCUUAAGUAUUUCUUUAAUUAAAUAUGUAUAUGUAUAGAUGUGUC